AUGAGAGUUUGUCAUAGAGAAGAAAUCUCUAGGAUUACCUCUGAUCAUGGCUUGACUUGAAAAACAAAGACAGUUUGAUGUUUUCUUUGUAGGAGAAGUCACACUACAGGACGCUAUGGUCAAAUCGUGGCACAGUAUUAAGAGUCUGGGUGUCAUCCUUGACAGUCUUUGUCCUUUGACACAUGUUAAGCCCGGAUCACACUGAGCGACUCUGAUCAUGAUUUGGGCGUCUGAGAUAAAUUUGGAAAAAUCUAAAAAAUUCAUAUAAUCCUAGGCUAAAAUGACAGAUUUUUACAGUGGAAGUAUUAAAAAACAAAAAAAACAACUUACUGAUCUAAAACAUUUUAAUGGUGUUGUUUUGUAUAUAUAUUAGUUGAAAUAAAAGCAGUUCGCUGCCAAGCAACAUUUGACACGUACACCUGCAAAACUAGUUGUGGAGUUAUUUUAGACACCAAUCUCCAAUCACCAAUGAUCGUGAACACAGCACUGGCAGCAUUCAGCGCGACCGAAAAUGUCACUGCCAAAGCUCUUCAGCCUCAUAUUAAUACUGCCUGCAUUUCUUGUAGCAGAAAGCGCUAAUGUAUAUUACCGAUACCGCAUGUCAAGAUGCAUCUACAAAUCCUCCAAUAUCAGUGACAUGGUGUAUUAUGACAACUAUUAUUUCAACAAAUAUCUAUUCAUACAGUUUGAUAGCACUCUGGGGAGGUUUGUGGGGUUUAAUGAGUACGGUAGCAAACUCGCGGAGUUCUGGAACAAUGGCACCUUUGUGCAUCAAGAAAGAGCUAUCGUGGACUGGUUCUGCAAAUAUAACGCUGAAAUCUUAGACUACUGCAUCAGUGAUAACUCAGUCGCACCAAAGGUUAAGCUCAGUUCAGUGACGCGGGCUGGCGGCAGACAUCCAGCUGUGCUGAUGUGCAGCGCAUACGAAUUUUAUCCCCCGCACAUCAAAGUGUCCUGGCUGAGAGACGGCAAACCGAUGACCUCUGAAGUGACCUCCACUAUGGAGAUGGCUGACGGGGACUGGUACUACCAGAUACACUCUGAGCUGGAGUACAGCCCCAAAUCUGGAGAGAAGAUCUCCUGCAUGGUGGAGCACGCCAGUUUCAAUAAACCCAUGUUCUACGACUGGGAUCCGUCUCUGCCUGAGUCUGAGAGGAAUAAAAUCGCCAUCGGAGCCUCUGGUCUGGUUCUGGGAGUCAUCAUGGCAGCCGCUGGACUCAUCUACUACAAGAAGAAAUCAGCAGGGAGGACCCUAGUACCACAUUAAUGAUGGUUCUACUUAAACUUUAAUUCACUCGCCAAACCCAGUCACUUAAUACAAUCAAUAUCCUGUACGUAUUUCAGGUCUUCAUUGUGAUUGCAAAUGAAAUAUAAUAAUGAAAAAUGUAUCUUUAUGAAAUCCUUUGUGACUCGUCCUUUCGGACACAAUCCUGUUUGCUUCAAAAAUACAAAGCAGGAAGAAUAAAGGAAAAGUCACGUUAAAUCUGUACGUUCAGGGGCGUGUUUCCCAAAACAACUAUGGUUGGAAUUUCAUUGUUACCAACAGAGUUCAACUUGUGACCAUAGUUGACCAAAGGUGUGAUGAUUGGUUAUAUUUAUCCUCAUUGAAAUGACAGUAACAUUUACAUAAUUAUAGGUCUUUUUCAGAGUGAA